UCCUCUUGCCUUGUGCCGUGAUGUGAGGUCUUUAAUCUGUCCUUAGGGUUAGGGCUGCCCCCUUCUGAGCCUUCCGUUUGCAUGCCUCCGUAGUAGUGUUCACCGUGUGUGCAGAGAUCUGUCAGUGCUGGUAAAAGUUUACCCGUCCGUAUUCGUUGUGGCCACACCUGUCCCGUGGUUGUUUUGCCAAAUCCUACCAUCAGUUUUCUUGGGAGAGCAGGCCACAGGUAUCUGCACGGUGUCAGCAAGGUUGCUGCUGCUCUGGGGCCCCUGUGUGCCAAAAACUUAACCUGAGUUAGAGCAUGUUGGCACUUCAAGCCGGCUUCAGCAAGCUGACAAACUGUCGUGUGAAAAUUUUUUGAGAUGCUUCUGGGGUUCUGAACACCUCUGACAUAUUGGUGUUGGAUUCGUUUUUCCAAGAGCAGGUGCCAUAGACCCCUUCCCAGGAUGGGCGAGUUUGCCGGGGUGGAGUGUGGUGGAAUCUGGCAGUAACCCCAUGACUCUGCUGCAGGUGGAGAUGAGUUCCCAACAGUUCCCGCGCUUGGGGACCCCCUCGACGGGGCUGAGCCAGGCCCCCUCGCAGAUCGCCAGCAGUGCUUCUGCAGGACUCAUCAGUCCAGCUGCUACAGUCAAUGACGAAUCUGGGCGAGAUGCUGAAGUCAGUGCCAGGGAGCACCUGGGUUCCGGCAACUCCCUGCAGUCCCGGGAAGAGAAGCAGGAGCCUGUUGUGGUAAGGCCCUAUCCACAGGUGCAGAUGUUGUCUACACAUCAUGCUGUCGCCUCGGCCACCCCUGUCGCAGUGACAGCUUCACCAGCACACCUGACGCCAGCCGUGCCACUCUCAUUUUCGGAGGGACUCAUGAAGCCACCCCCGAAGCCCACCAUGCCUAGCCGUCCUAUUGCUCCUGCUCCACCUUCUACCUUGUCACUUCCCCCCAAGGUUCCAGGGCAGGUUACUGUUACCAUGGAGAGUAGCAUCCCUCAAGCUUCAGCCAUUCCUGUGGCAACAAUCAGUGGACAACAGGGACAUCCCAGUAACCUGCACCACAUCAUGACCACAAAUGUACAGAUGUCCAUCAUUCGCAGCAAUGCUCCCGGGCCCCCUCUUCACAUUGGAGCGUCUCAUUUGCCUCGAGGUGCUGCUGCUGCUGCCGUGAUGUCCAGUUCCAAAGUAACCACGGUCCUGAGGCCCACUUCACAGUUGCCAAAUGCUGCCACAGCCCAGCCAGCAGUGCAGCAUAUCAUUCACCAACCGAUCCAGUCUCGUCCACCCGUGACCACCUCCAAUACCAUCCCCCCAGCAGUGGUGGCAACCGUCUCGGCCACCAGAGCUCAGUCUCCAGUCAUCACCACAACAGCUGCGCACGCCACCGACUCAGCACUGAGUCGGCCAACCCUGUCCAUCCAGCACCCACCGUCCGCAGCCAUUAGCAUCCAGCGGCCUGCCCAGUCGCGGGACGUGACAACGCGGAUCACCCUGCCAUCGCACCCUGCACUAGGAACGCCGAAGCAACAGCUUCAUACCAUGGCACAGAAGACCAUCUUCAGCACUGGCACACCAGUGGCAGCAGCGACAGUGGCCCCGAUCCUGGCAACUAACACCAUUCCAUCAACAACAGCAGCUGGAUCUGUGUCACACACACAAGCUCCCACGAGUACAAUUGUCACCAUGACAAUGCCCUCCCAUUCGUCGCAUGCCACGGCUGUGACCACCUCCAACAUCCCGGUUGCUAAGGUGGUGCCUCAGCAGAUCACACACACGUCUCCUCGCAUCCAGCCCGAUUACCCUGCAGAGAGGAGCAGCCUGAUUCCCAUUUCAGGACACAGAGCCUCUCCAAACCCUGUGGCCAUGGAAACUCGGAGUGAUAACAGACCUUCUGUUCCUGUCCAGUUCCAGUACUUCUUGCCAACUUACCCACCUUCUGCGUACCCACUGGCGGCGCACACCUACACCCCAAUCACCAGUUCAGUGUCCACUAUCCGACAGUAUCCAGUUUCAGCUCAGGCUCCAAACUCUGCCAUCACAGCUCAGACUGGUGUUGGAGUGGCGUCCACAGUGCACCUCAAUCCCAUGCAGCUGAUGACGGUGGACGCAUCACAUGCUCGACAUAUCCAGGGGAUCCAGCCAGCACCCAUCAGUACGCAGGGGAUCCAGCCAGCACCCAUUGGCACACCAGGGAUCCAGCCAGCACCAAUUGGCACACAGGGCAUUCACUCAGCCACCCCAAUCAGUACGCAAGGUCUUCAGCCUGCUCCCAUGGGCACUCAGCAGCCACAGCCUGAAGGAAAGACCUCAGUGGUCUUGGCAGAUGGAGCUACAAUUGUAGCCAACCCUAUUAGCAAUCCAUUCAGUGCUGCUCCAGCAGCAACAACUGUGGUGCAGACCCACAGCCAGAGUGCUGGCACCAAUGCUCCAGCCCAGGGCUCAUCCCCCCGGCCAAGCAUACUCCGGAAGAAGCCUGCUACCGACGGAAUGGCAGUUCGGAAAACCCUCAUUCCUCCUCAGCCUCCUGAAGUGGCUAGUCCUCGAGUGGAGAGCUCCAUGCGGAGUACAUCCGGGUCACCUAGGCCUGCAGGUGCCAAACCUAAGUCCGAAAUCCACGUGUCUAUGACCACGCCAGUCACGGUGUCCAUGGAGACUGUAUCCAGUCAGAAUAACGAUCAACCCACUAUUGCCGUCCCUCCCACCGCCCAGCAACCUCCACCAACCAUUCCAGCCAUGAUUGCAGCAGCCAGCCCCCCAUCCCAGCCAGCUAUUGCCCUCUCAACCAUUCCUGGAGCAGUCCCCCUCACUCCACCCAUCACUACCAUUGCAGCUGCGCCACCUCCCUCGGCUGCCGGGGGUGGCAGUCUCUCUUCCGUGUUGGGCCCCACGGUACCUGAGAUCAAAGUGAAAGAAGAAGUGGAACCCAUGGAUAUCAUGAGGCCAGUUUCUGCAGUUCCCCCACUGGCUGCCAAUGCUGUGUCGCCGUCCCUCGCGUUGCUGGCCAACAACCUGUCCAUGCCUGCCAGUGACCUGCCCCCUGGUGCCUCCCCAAGAAAGAAGCCGCGGAAGCAGCAGCAUGUGAUCUCAACUGAAGAAGGAGACAUGAUGGAAACCAACAGCACUGACGACGAGAAGUCCACUGCCAAGAGCCUCUUGGUGAAGGCCGAGAAGCGCAAGUCCCCUCCCAAGGAGUAUAUCGAUGAGGAAGGGGUGAGGUAUGUCCCAGUGCGGCCCAGACCUCCCAUUACUUUGCUUCGCCACUACCGGAACCCCUGGAAAGCUGCUUAUCACCACUUUCAGAGGUACAGUGACGUCCGGGUCAAAGAGGAGAAGAAAGCUAUGCUGCAGGAGAUAGCUAACCAGAAAGGUGUGUCCUGCCGCGCCCAAGGCUGGAAGGUCCACCUGUGUGCCGCGCAGCUGUUGCAGCUGACGAAUCUAGAACAUGAUGUCUAUGAGAGACUGACCAACCUGCAGGAAGGGAUCAUCCCAAAGAAAAAAGCAGCCACUGACGACGACCUGCACCGAAUCAACGAGCUGAUCCAGGGCAACAUGCAGAGGUGUAAGCUGGUGAUGGAUCAGAUCAGUGAGGCCAGAGACUCCAUGCUUAAGGUGUUAGAGCACAGAGACCGCGUGCUGAAGCUCCUCAACAAGAACGGGGCCGUGAGGAAGGUGUCCAAGUUGAAGCGGAAGGAGAAGGUUUAGCCCCAGCGGAGUCACGAGUUUGAAAGAGGAUUGAUCAUGGAUGAUGGUGGGGAGGGGGUUCUUUGUUGUUUCCGAGGUGGGACAUGAGAAUAAAGGAAGUGUUCCUGUUCCUUAAUUCUCAAGGGAAAACCGAGGGAUCGUGGCAUCCUGUGAAAGGAUCAGAGCCCACUUGACGCCAUGCACCUCUUUGUUUGGGGUGCUCCCCCGGUAAACCUGCUGCGUGUCCUCUGACUCGUGCGUGCCGCAACGCCGAGGGCUGGUUGCCCAGCGUGCUCACCUGG